CCUCACAGAGGUAGCUCCUCCGCCGGCAGCAGCUCGGCGACCCGGCGGUCCAUGGACCGGAACCCUGGGCGGACCGGCAGGAACCCGGGCCGCGACCGCCGCCUCCCGGCCCCAGGCUCCUCCUCCUCGCUCCCCGCCGCCCUCUGCGGUCGCCCGCCGGCCGCGCAGCGCCACCGCGGGCCUCUGGGAGCCACGCCGGGAGGCUGUGUGGCGGGUCCGCGGCCGCCGCGGGACUGAGGCCUACUCCGCCGCCUCUCAGUGCUAUUGUCCCGGGGCCUGGCCCUGAGCGGGGCUGCGGGCGAGGGCCGAGCUCGCCGGCUCCGCGGAAGAUGCCGGACCAAGCCCUUCAACAGAUGCUGGACAGAAGUUGCUGGGUGUGUUUUGCCACCGAUGAAGAUGAUAGAACAGCUGAAUGGGUGAGACCAUGCAGGUGCAGAGGAUCUACUAAGUGGGUUCACCAGGCUUGUCUCCAGCGCUGGGUAGAUGAAAAGCAGAGAGGAAACAGCACAGCCAGAGUGGCCUGUCCUCAGUGCAACGCCGAGUACUUAAUAGUGUUUCCAAAGCUGGGUCCAGUCGUUUAUGUCUUGGAUCUUGCAGAUAGACUGAUCUCAAAAGCUUGCCCUUUUGCUGCAGCAGGAAUAAUGGUUGGAUCUAUCUAUUGGACAGCCGUGACUUACGGAGCAGUGACAGUGAUGCAGGUUCACCAUUCUCUAUUCAGUGACACUACUUUUGAUGUGAAGGUUGUAGGCCAUAAAGAAGGGCUGGAUGUUAUGGAGCGAGCUGACCCGUUAUUUCUUUUGAUUGGACUUCCUACUAUUCCUGUCAUGCUGAUCCUAGGCAAAAUGAUUCGCUGGGAGGACUAUGUGCUUAGACUAUGGCGCAAAUACUCAAAUAAACUACAAAUCUUGAACAGUAUAUUUCCAGGGAUUGGUUGUCCUGUUCCUCGAAUUCCAGCUGAAGCUAAUCCUUUAGCAGAUCACGUCUCUGCUACCAGAAUUUUGUGUGGAGCCCUUGUCUUUCCUACUAUUGCGACAAUAGUUGGUAAACUGAUGUUCAGUAGUGUUAACUCAAAUUUACAAAGGACAAUCUUGGGUGGAAUUGCUUUUGUUGCCAUAAAAGGAGCAUUUAAGGUUUACUUCAAACAGCAGCAAUAUUUACGUCAGGCACACCGCAAAAUCCUAAAUUAUCCAGAGCAAGAAGAAGCAUAAAACUGACUUCUGGUUGUUCUGAGGCCUCUCAUCCUGACGAGUCUGUUGUGUUCUGAUUCCAUCAUUAAUGCGCUAGUGGAGACUUGUGACGCUGCUCCUAUAUUCUAAGAGAUACAAUAAAGCACGCAGGGCCGGGCAAAGCCUCCCAGUAAUCACGGAACCUAAGGACACGCGUCAGCUCUGUCAUUUGUAUGUNCUACUUUUAUGGCAGUCGGCUAAACCAUUAUUUUAGCAUGGUAAACCUGGGUUUGUUCAUAUUNUUCCAGACAAGAAUGUAAAGAUAAAACUGUACAAAUAUUAAAAGUGGACAUGUUUUAUUCUGACGCCUCUUUUGUAUAUACUCAGUUCAGUGUUUUCUUAGGAAUAGCAACUCGAUGAAGGAACUGUGAGGACUUUUCUCACUGGUGUAAUUUGAUUACAUGCUACAAAGGAGCCUCUGUUAACAUGAGGAAAUGUAAACUAGUUCUGAAUAAAUAACAAACCCAGAAAUGUAUGUCAGCAUUGAAGUGAUUAUCUGCACAAAAGAGAUUUUGUUUUCUUUCCUAAACCCAUGUGACAUCUCAGAUGUGAAGGGUCAGUUUCCAGGGCUUCCAAAGCACUUUUUCACUAUUAAACUUUAUUUAUGCAAUGUUGACA